UCUUACUUCCUGCAUACGUGCAUUUUUCUCAUUUUUCAAGUACUUUCAGGAGAUGAGUGGAGUACUAGUAUGUAUGAUAAACAAGAUCACAAUAUUUUUCCAAAGUGACAGAAAAGAGCUAAAACUGAAAACAAAAUACAAAAUGGCUAACAGAAACAAUAGUGAAGCUCCACCGCCAUCAUAUAAUGAAUUAUUUCCUGCCCAGUGUGGGCCAGAACGCACGAGUUUACCACAACUUAGAGGGGCAAUUCCACCACCACUUCCGAACAGAAGAGAAAUUGACCGGAGGGUCAUUCCUACUGCACCGCCUGAAGAACAGUCAGGACAUUUCAGCCUAGAUAUAAGAGCUGUGAGAAGCCAUAAUCGAAGAGUGUUCCCUGAGCCACCAUCUCCAAUAGAACUCCCAACAAAUGAUGAAGCAGUUCCUGCGCCAUCUCAGAGAGAGCUCCCAACAAAUGAUGAAGUAGUUCCUGCGCCAUCUCAGAGAGAGCUCCCAACAAAUGGUGAAGUAGUUCCUGCGGCAUCUGCGACGGAAGUCUCACGGAGCGCGACAAGAAAAAGUUCAUGUUUCCAAAGAAUUGAUAAUCUCUACGAGUUCAAACCACCAUGUGAAAGACUAAAAUUGAGUUUCGUUGUCAGAGCUAUAAUCGUGGUAGCUUUGACCAUCGUGAUUUCUGUGUGUGUUGCCACAAUAAAGAAACCCGGUAUUUGCCAGAACUACUGUCCGGAAAACUGUAGAUGUAGUGAAACAGUGGUGGAUUGUAAAACCAAAGGCCUCACAUCUAUACCAUCAAAGUUAUUUAGCUGUACGCAGACGUUAG